AGGCAGGCAGAUUUCAAGAGAGAAAAAUGUGAGUGAGAGUGUGUCUUGGUCGUCGACAAAUCAAGCAGUGCCGGUCAUCUCUUGUCUUUGUAUCUAUCUGCUUUGCUACUGACAAUCUCUUUGGUGGGUCCCUUCCCCUCCAUUGCGCCCACUCACCUCUCACGGACGGCACCCCCUCUCUUCUCAAUCUUUUCACCUUUUUUUUCUUAAUAUCUUCAUGGUUCUCGCUACAAUUAUAGCAUAAUCAUUUUUACCUCUUCAACCAAACUGCAGGUUGGCUGUAAAGGCAACUCACUUUUCUUUCUUUCACCCCGCUUUACAAAUCAAUUUGAUUCGAUCUUUUUCAACUUUUCUCUUUUCCAUUACUAAACAUUCUUUUCUUCAAAUAAUAAUCAACUUCGACUUCAGGUUUACUUCAGCCCUCAUUAUACAACCUUUGAUUCUUAGUCAUUUCCGCUUUUUUCCUCGCUAUAUCUUUCCCUUUUAUGUAUAUAUAAAAUUUAAUAUAAAAUAAAUAUGAUAUAUAAAUUGGCAAAUCUAUUUUUACUUCUGUUACGUAUAGUAUUUUAAUAGAAAUACAAAUAAAAUAUGGAAGUAUUAUUAUUAUUUUUUAUAUAUAGAGGUGGUCCAGCUGAGUCUCUGGCUGACUGACUUGGAGAGAAGCCGUGUAAGAUAAGGAGAAAGAAAUAGAUGGGAAGAAAAUAUUCUCUCCAGCUAGCUUUCUUUUUGGUGUUUUCUUCUGAGUUUUAAGCCAAAAAAACUGAACAAGCUCUUCAACCAAACAAAAAAUUGAUAUCGAUUAUCCUGAGUUAGAACUAGUUCAAAAAUCAAUCUUUCUUUUGAUUUAAAAUUUAAGAAAUAAAAAACAAGGAAAGUGAGUGAGAGAGAUUUGUUGGGUUGUGUUUACUUUGUAGCUAAGCUUUUGUUUUGUAGUAGUAUCAUCAGUUUUGAAGUAGUAGUUUGCCCAAAGCUGCUUCAGCUUGGGAAGUUUGUUUAUUUUGUUAAGCUACUUUGGGAUAGAUAGCAGUAGUUGAAUUCAUCAAAGUAGCAGAAAUGAUGUCUCAAGAUGGGAUUUCUGUUCCCUCAACUACCGGAGGGUUAGCUCAAGAGCCGAAUCCAAACCCUAACCCUAAUCCUACUGCCAAUCCAGUGAAGAAGAAAAGAAAUUUGCCAGGAACACCAGAUCCAGAUGCAGAAGUUAUAGCCUUGUCCCCAAAAUCUCUCAUGGCAACAAACAGAUUCCUCUGUGAAAUCUGCAACAAGGGUUUUCAAAGGGACCAGAACUUACAACUCCAUAGAAGGGGUCACAAUCUGCCAUGGAAGCUGAAGCAAAGAACAAACAAAGAAGUUAGAAAAAAGGUUUACAUCUGCCCUGAAAAGACCUGCGUCCACCAUGACCCAUCAAGAGCACUAGGAGACCUCACGGGAAUAAAGAAGCACUUUAGCCGAAAACAUGGUGAGAAGAAAUGGAAGUGUGAGAAAUGUUCAAAGAAGUAUGCAGUUCAGUCGGAUUGGAAAGCUCAUAGUAAGAUUUGUGGCACUAGGGAGUACAGAUGUGACUGUGGAACUCUCUUUUCCAGGAAGGAUAGCUUCAUCACUCAUAGAGCUUUCUGCGACGCUUUAGCUGAAGAAAGUGCAAGAUUCACUUCGGUUUCAACGACUAUGAAUCCUGCAGCCUUUAGAAAUGAUAUGAUAAAUGGGGCCAAUAACAAUGCUCAAGCGACAGGGAUGCACCAGUUUUCAUCAGGCUUUAGGCCAGAGUUUGCUGGUUCAGAUCAGCUAGUCGACAAUCUGAAUUCAAGUGGGCAAAAGCCAAGGCUACAGUUAUGGCUCGACCAAGCUAAUUCUCAACUUAACCCAAUUGCUAUUCCAAGUAAUGCUAAUGCUUUCUUAGCACCAAAAUCUACAAGCUUGCCUGACUUGGGAAUAGCACCAAUGAACAUGUUUGGAUCACUACCACAGAUACAAUGGCUCAGCAAGUACCCGGAGGCAUCAUUUCCUGGUGCCAACCUCUCUAUGUCAGUAUUGCCACGAGGACCAAAAGAAGAAGAAGAGAACAAGGGAGAUUUGUGUGAAUCCAUAAUAUCUUUGUAUUCGAACAAUUCCCGGAAUAGUCUCCAGCAAAGCCACGCUCACAUGUCGGCCACAGCACUCCUGCAAAAAGCAGCCCAAAUGGGAUCUACAAGGAGCAACCCAGCGUUCAAUAACAGUGGCUUCGGGUUAAUGAGCUCAUCCCCCUCUACUAUGUCAACCUCCAAUACUUAUGACCAGAACAAGAAUGAGAUUUACAAGCUAUGCAAGCAAGCAAAUCAAUACGAGAACAUAAACGAAUUGGUGAGUUCAUUGUCUUCAACUCAAGCAACCAUUAUGAAAGAUGUGUCUGCAUUAGGUGAUUUAAAUUCGAGCUCAUUUGUCAAUAAAACCACCAAGAAUAUGGAAAAUCUGGUGAUGCAAGCUAAUGGGAAAAAAGGCGGUCAAGCUGUUGUGUCAAAGCUGAACACAAAUUCAAAUGAAGUUGAAGCCAGCUUAACCAGGGAUUUUCUUGGUGUGGGAGGUGAAUCAAGCAGACCAUUCUUGCAACAAGAACUUGCCAAGUUUGCUUCAAUGGGUCCAGUCCAACCAUGGAGUUGAUUACGCUUAGACUCUCAAAGUGUAUAAUUGAGCUACAUGCUAGUAGAAGGUAAGAGCUAGCUGGCUAGCCUAUGAAGGCAAAUACACUGUUAAAUUAACUAGGUUGAUUAGUGAUGAGUUAGUACUCGGAAGAACUGAACCAGCAGCGAGUCAACUCGGAAAGGGGAGUCUUGUGAAUGGGAAGUGGGGAGGAGGGGGGCCACUGGAUUGCGUGGUGGAAGAGACUGAAGAGAAAGGGACAUGGCAGUGUUUGGGCCCUCCAUGCACGUAGAUUUUUCACCUUUUUAUUGCUAGCUAGUACAGUUCUUUGGUUCUAGUAGUACUAGUUUUUUUUCCUUUUAUUUUUUUUAAAUGUUGAUUAAUUAAGCUACGGUUGUUGUGACCACUUGUUGCACUGUCUUUUCCCUUACUGUGAACUGCUGUCACCAUUUUCCAAGCUGGACUCAAAUAAAAUGUUACAAUUAAGUA